AUGCGGCUUGUUUUUAAACUAUUCCCAUAUUUUCUGUUUCUCGUUCUUGUCGAUUCGUACAUUACGGAUCUCCGCUACCCGGCAGUUUGUCUUGACAAGAUUGCCAAACCAUGCGAGUCUGAAAUAAAGAAGAAAAAAGUUGUUUUGAAAAAAAUGUUCAAUUCCACCAAAUACCACCUUAUCAGUUUUCGUUCUAAAUUCCCACCUUUAUCAGGAAUAUUCAAGAAUUAUACCGAGCAAUGCCAAAAUGUUAUGAAAUGUGCAUCUGGCUUGGAGUGUUUCAAAGGAAGGUCGGACAGAGAUGUAUUUAAAGCAUCUUGUGAUGAUGUGGGCGCAAGAAUAUAUGAGUUUGAUAAGGACUGCUUGGUAUACUUUCUGAGAGAGAUUUAUGACGGUCGACAUAAUUGCACACCUGGAAUAAUUGUUAAAUGCAUGGAAAACGUUUGUUUGUUAUCUCAAAAUUAUUGGAGUAACAGAACUACAGAAUCCAGCGACACUACUCAAAUGUUAUUCACGAAUCUUACCAAAGUCUUUAUGCACCGCCCGAGACUGUUGGGGUACAAGUGUAUGGAAAACGCGAGGUUCUCCAAGUUUUACAGCGAUUACGUGGAUUGUGUAAGGCAUGGCAAUGAUGGCAAUUGUCUAAUGUCAGUAAUUAUGAAAAUGUGUCGAAAGGAGAUAUUAGCGGAUUUUGUGGAUUUCGAAGUGCAUAUGGGUUCGGAGAAAGAAAUGUGCGACACUGGAAAAAAUGAUUAA